AUGCCGAAACCACACGUCGACUACCACCUUUACUUGGUAACUGACUCCACACCCGCCGUGCUCAAGGACCCAUCCCGGUUUUUUGAUGCCGUUGAGCAAGCCCUCCGUGGAGGGGUGAGCCUCGUUCAGCUUCGCGAAAAGACGGCCGACACGGGCGAGUUGGUGUCUAUAGCGAAGAGGCUGCAUGAGUUGACCAAGAAGUAUAAUGUGCCUCUUUUGAUCAAUGAUAGGGUGGAUGUCGCGCUGGCGGUGGGGUGUGAGGGUGUGCAUAUCGGGCAGGAUGAUAUGGAUUUGGAGACGGCCAGGAAAUUACUCGGUGACGACAAGAUCAUCGGAGUAACCGUCAGCAAUGUGGAAGAGGCCCUCAUCGCCUGCAAAAACGGAGCCGACUACUUGGGUAUUGGCACCGCCAUCAUCGGUGCCGCCGGAGUUCGUGAGAUCCUCGCCGCCAUGGAGACGGCCGGCUGCUACGACAAGGUCAGAACCGUCUGUAUCGGCGGUCUCAACAAAUACAACAUCGCGCGUAUUAUGUACCAGAGCCGGCAUGUUGAUGGCAAGCCAGGGUGGCUCACCUUGAAUGGUGUGGCUGUUGUCAGCGCCAUCAUGUCUGCCGAUGACCCUGAGGAGGCAAGCAAAGAGCUUCUGACGCUGGUCAAAUCAUACGACAAGUUCAGGGGCAGCAGUCUGAUGGGGGCUAGAGCGAGUAAGGGGGUGUUGGAGGUGGCGGGGGAUAUCAUCAAGAAGGUGCAUGAGGCCAAGCCAUUGACGCACAAUAUGACGAAUUUGGUGGUACAAAACUUUGCUGCAAAUGUCGCUCUGGCAGUCGGUGGCUCACCCAUCAUGGCUAAUUACGGCGAGGAGGCUGCCGAUUUGUCCAAGUUGGGAGGUUCGCUGGUGGUCAACAUGGGCACCGUCACCCCCGAGGGGCUGCUGAACUAUUACAAGGCGCUCCAGGCUUACAAUGUGGCCGUUCAGCCGGUUGUUUUUGAUCCUGUUGGUGCAGGGGCAACUUCAGUUAGGAGGGAGGCCGUCAGAUCCAUCCUCGCCAACGGCUACCUCGACGUCAUCAAGGGCAACGAAGGCGAGAUCAAGACGGUCUGGGGCGCGGUGGACGGCGAGCAACAAAAAGGCGUCGACAGCGUCGACAGUCUCACACCCGAAAACAAACUCGACCUUGUUGUGAAGUUGGCCAGGAGGGAACAGAGCGUGGUAGUGAUGACUGGAAAGACGGACUACGUCAGUGAUGGAUAUUCGGCUGUUACUGUCGCCAAUGGACACGAAUAUCUGGGUCUUGUCACGGGAACGGGGUGCACACUUGGGACGGCGAUCUCAGUGGCCUUGGCUGUGCACCAUAAAGAGGACAAGCUAUGGGCUGUGGUCACGGCGAUGCUGCAUUUCGAGAUUGCGGCCGAGAUUGCCGCUGAGAGGGAGGACGUCAAGGGGCCUGGGACCUUCAUCUCGGCCUUCCUGGACGAAUUGUACAAUAUCCGGACUGCCACUGUGAGUGGGGACAUGAAGUGGUUGGAGAGGGCCAAGGGGCUAAACAUAACCCUAACCCGGUGA